AUGGAUGAUGAAACGAAUCAUCCUUUCAAGAUGAUCAGUGACAAGCCAAGGGAGCUUACAGAGGAUGAUGUUGAAAAACUAAAGAAACAGACUUUCGUCUCUGAUUUCAAAAAGAACAAGCUAGAGAAUGAAGCACAGAAAAAUUGGGAUAAAUUCUAUAAUAGAAACACAGACAAAUUUUUUAAAGAUAGGAAUUGGUCACCGGAAGACGUGAAACUGCUCUGCAAAGAUAUGGACUUCCAGGCCGAUCUCACUUAUCUCGAAGCCGGAUGUGGGGUUGGAAACAUGUUAUUUCCUCUGGCGUUCUCGUACCCUUCUCUUAAACUACAAGCAUUUGAUUUCUCAAAGAAUGCAGUAGAAAUGCUCCGUAAGCGAGCAGCUGAACACAACAUGGAUGUUGAAACAACAGUUUUGGAUUUAUCAAAACCUAUCGAGGUUCCUGUGUUCAGCAGAAAAGCUAACUUCGCCACUCUAAUAUUCGUUAUGUCAGCCAUUCCCCCAGAAAAAUUUGCUACAGUUGUAGCAAAUAUGAAAGAUCUCAUGGCGGACGGUGGGUCAUUGCUAAUCCGAGACUACGCCAUAAACGAUCAUGCCAUGAUUCGUUUCGGAAGAGAAUCAAAAGUAGCUGAUAGGUUUUAUACUAGACAAGAUGGAACAUUAGCAUAUUACUUCGAACUAGAGGAACUUGUGGAACUCUUCGAGAGAGAUGGAUUCACCUGUAGCAAUAAAGAAUAUCUGUAUCGGAGGACAAUAAACAAGGAGAAGGGUGUUAAUGUGCCUCGUGCCUUCGUACAGGCAAGAUUGGUACGUAACUGUUGA